GUACUGUAUUUAUACGGUAAAUAUUCGGAGAUACGACCCUAGUCCGAGCUCUCCAUGUCAUAGCUCCGCCAAAAAAGUGACGAUCGUCGUUCCAUUCUCAGAAGUCUGGUGGUAGACGAAUAUCCAGACAAAAAUGGAUUGUGUCGUCCUACCCGGUCGCCAAUUGCAAAGGCCGCUUCUGAAUAUAUGUAGGAGUUGUAGCCGCCGACUUAGGCCCCAAUUGGCUCGAUCCUACGCCAAUGUCGGUUCCCAGCAAGAACCGGACAUCUACGAUGUUGUCUGCGUGGGCGGAGGUCCGGCUGGUUUAAGCUUGCUUACUGCACUCCGAGCGAACCCAACCACCGCCGGCCUCCGCGUCGCCCUCGUCGAAGCCCAAGACCUGCGUAAAAUCCGCUCCUGGGAGCUACCUCCCGACCGAUACUCGAAUCGAGUCAGUUCCCUAACGCCCUCUUCCGCGCGAUUCCUCGAUCGAAGUAUCGGCGCUUGGAAUAGUCACAUACGCCGCGAUCGUGUACAGCCGUAUCAUGCUAUGGAAGUUUGGGAUGGAGUGACGGAUGCGAGGAUUGAAUUCGAUUCCCCGCCACCUACUGCUGGUGCGCAAGGGGAGAGCGUGAUUGCGUAUAUGACGGAGAACUUGAAUUUGACGUCGGGACUGUUGCGUCGGUUAGAUGAGUUGGGAGGCUCGGAAGUGUUUGAUGGAGCUAGGGUAGAGGGUAUUACGUUUGGAGAGGAAACCGAGGAGCUAGAUCUAAGAGAAUGGCCUGUCGUACAUCUUUCUGGUGGGAAGAAGUUGGCGGCGAGACUUCUAGUAGGCGCCGAUGGGGCGAAUAGCCCUGUACGAACAUUCGCUGGGAUUGAGAGUAGAGGGUGGGAUUACGAACGACAUGGUGUUGUAGCGACUCUAGAGCUGGAAGAAUUUGGCUGGGGAGGCGAUGAUUAUAAAAUCGCAUACCAGAGAUUCCUACCCACGGGUCCUGUCGCUAUGUUGCCUUUACCGGGGAACUACUCAACACUAGUCUGGACCACGACACCCUCAAACGCCGCAUUAUUGAAGGGCUUGCCAACGAAGGACUUUGUAGCCCUCGUCAACGCCGCCUUCCGACUUACUCCCGUCGAUCUCGAAUUCAUGCACACACAAACCUCCGGCCAAGAAGAAGAGCUAUUAUGGCGUCUUCAGCAUACGCAGUUCAAUUCGCGGGCUAUACCACAGACAGUCACCGGUGUACAGGACGGUACCAUAGCUUCGUUUCCUCUCCGCAUGAGACAUGCCGAUGCAUAUGCCGGUGAGCGGGUAGCUCUUGUCGGUGACGCCGCACACUCUAUCCAUCCGUUAGCCGGCCAGGGACUUAAUCAAGGGCAAGGCGACGUCGAAGCGCUCGUAAAAACAAUAGCCUACGCAGUGGCCCACGGGCAGGAUAUUGGUGCUAGGACAGCUCUCGAGCCAUAUGGCGCGGAGCGAUACGCGGCGAACCAUGUGCUGCUCGGCGUGUGCGAUAAGCUGCAUAAACUGUACUCGGUCGGCUCUGGGCCGUUGGUCCCGUUGAGGUCGCUAGGGCUGAACGCGGUUAAUGCGAUGGCGCCUGUGAAGAACUUCUUCAUGGGACAGGCUGCCGGGAAUGGGAUUAAGUUGUUCUAGAUGGGGUGUUGAUGGAAUGGUACGUAACGUGUAUAAAUUACUACCCCGCGAGCUUGAGCUGGAAUGGCUCGAGGUUGCUGUAUUGUAUGACGAAUAAUAGAAAAUGCUAUAGAUGAGCCUGUAGAAGCAAAACCGAUGUAGAAAACAUCAUUCGUAGCCUAAUGACACGCGAAAGCCGCUUGAUUCAAG